AUGUUGAUGAUCCCUGAUCCCUGUCCACAGGAUAAGCGCGGGUUCGCUGGCGGUCAUGGCGGCGGUUAUGGUGGCGGCUACGGUGGCGGCCACGGAGGUGGCGGCAGCUACCUGGUGGUCGGUGGUGGAGGUGGCGGCGGCCACGGCCCCAGUGCCGCUGAUGUUGCUAACGAAGCUGCCAAUCAGGCUACUGCUGCUGCCGCAGGUUUAGGCGGUGCCGCCCACGCCGCAGCUGCAGGAGCUGCAGCAGGUGCCGCAGCUGCCGCUAAUGCUGCUUCACAAACAGCUCAGGCCGCGGCAGCCAGCAAGCAGGCCCAGGCCGCUCAGGUGACGCAAGCGGCACAAGGAGCGCAGGCCGCAGCCUUCGCUGAAGGUUCUCUCGCCUCCAAGGCAAACAUAGCCUACCAAGCCGCCAAGGUAACAGCUUCUAUGGCCCAAGGCCUGGCCGCCAACAUUGCCCAGAUCCUUUCAGAAGCCAAGGCUCUGGCCAACCAGGCAGCCAAUAGCCUGGCCGAACAGCAGAACUUCCUGGCCGCCCAAAGGACCAUGGCCUGGCAGGCUCAGCAGGCAGCUAACUCCCUCAACCAACAGCAAUAUGUGGCACUCAACGACUUGGAAGACUCUGCUGGUGCGGCUGCCCAGGCUCAGGCUUCAGCAACCAAGGCCAUCUCCAGGGCCAAGGGCAGCAGCGGCUACGGCUACGGCCGCUAAGACACACUUGUUCAUAAUUAUAUUAAGGUCGAAGGCUUAUGUUAUAUAACGUAUCUAUGAUGCGAGGUAUUACACAAUAAAUGGCUUCUGUAAGAAAUAAAUAUGUCAAAUAAUGAAUGUACAGAAUGCAUUUUCUGUUUACCCGAACGUUCUGCGAUGUAUACGUCCAAUAAAUCAUUUAAGAAAGUCUAAAUGUUUACUCGGAAGCAACCUUAGGUGAUUGUAGAGCUUAGUGUGACCCAAAUAAGAGAUCUGGUUAUUCUGUGCCAUUUUGCCUGUGCAUCCGCAUGAAUUCAAUUUUAGUAUUGAAGGAACUAGCGAAUUAAGGAAAUCUAUUU